AUGGCGUCGAACCAGCGACCAAUGUCCGCCAUGGGCGGUGGCUUCGGGGCGGUUGACGCGGGAGGUAGAGAGAAGAGCUAUUUCGAGUUGCAAAGGGAGGCAUUGAUUGGUGAGAUCGCUAUGAACUUCGAGCACGUCCUCGCCAACAUCAACAAACUGAACCGGAACCUCGAGGCUGUAAUUGCUGUCGGCAACGAAUUCUCCUCGGUCGAAGCACUCUGGUCUCAAUUCGAAAACGUCAUGGCUAAAGAUUCGGAAGAGGAAGGGAACAAGACGGAGGCUGGCGACGAAGGUGAUGAAGAGAAGACACCCAAGAAGGAAGAAUAA